CCAGCGUUUUGAAUAAUUAUUUUGGGGCUCUGGUGUGAGACCGUCAGUUUAUUUCUUGACGGCUCAGCGCUCGUUCAUACAGGCAGAAAACCAAUUAUGAAGAUCCUCAUUGUGCUGGGAGUUCUGGUCACCGUUGCCUCGUCUCUUCCUCAAUUCGGCUUUGGAGGCCCUGGCUUUGGCGGACCUGGCUUCGGAGGCGGCGGCCAUGGAAACUUUGGAGGAGGCCCUGGAUUUGGAGGCGGCCCUGGCUACGGCGGUUUUGGAGGUGGUCCCGGCUAUGGCGGAUUCGGUGGAAGCCCGUAUGGCGGCCUUGGAGGGGGUGGUGGUCGUCGACGUCAUCAUGGCGGCGGUGGCGGUGGGGGUGGUGCUGCCUCUGCCUCGGCUUCUUCUAGCGCUUCGGCGGCUGGUGGCGGCGGGGCCGCUGCAUCCUCAGCAUCCUCAUCCGCCUCAGCAUCGGGCGGAGGUGGCUUCUAUGGCUAGACCGGUUGUCUGUUGUUUAUGCCUAAGUUAGUUUUAAUGAUUGAAGAAAGUCUGAAAAAUAUAAGAUCAAAAACCCGAAUCUUAAGAGAUGCCUCUAUUCUGUCAUUGUCCCACGACACUCGACUCCAAUCAUGUUGAAUGGGAACUACGAUGCAUAAAAACGCCGUUAAUUCAUGCAUAUAAGUCGGGGAAAUAAUAAAAAUAGUUGCACAUACGUUGGUGGGCUUUGCUGAUGCGGGUGGGGAAGUAGUAUAAAACGUCCAAUGCCCUACUUCUUAGGGAGCGGAGCACUGGGACUCCCCUGUAUUCAUCUAUUGGCCUAUACAUACAAACAUAUAUAUGUACAUACAUGCAAAUGCAAAUCUAAUGUUUAACAUUUUAACAAUUUGUAUCCCA